AAUCAUGAUAAAGCAAUGUUUGUUCUUUUUGUCCUAAUUGAGCAAUUAAGUGUUCUUUUUCCUGUCUAGUAGGGUUGGCAGUUCAGAAAUAUCAGGAAAAAGUUUUUAGAGAUUACGAAAUCUUCCUAGGCAAAAUAAAAUUCCGUUUCCGAACGUGCAGUGACGCCACCAUUCGGCCUGUCUCUUAGCAAGCUAACCUCCUUUGAUAUCGACACCCACUCGAGUGUUUCGAUAUUGCCAGAGCUAUCAUUUCUGCAAGCAAUCAGAAAUCGUUGUUGAUUAAUUCGUGAAAAAUGGUCUCGAGAGCGACAUCGAGGAGGAUCCCGGAAGCGGAGCCGCGUAUAGAUUACGUACAAUGCGAUGGACUGGUGGUGAUGAAAAUGGUGAAACAUUGCCACGAGGAAUCUUCCAGCAACAUGGAAGUUGCUCAGGGCGCUCUUCUAGGCUUGGUCGUGCAGAACCGCUUGGAAAUUACGAACUGUUUCCCAUUUCCUAAAAAUGACGAGAUUAUGGAUGAAGAGGAGUAUCAGCUUGCCAUGAUGCGAAGAUUGAGAUGGGUAAACGUCGACCACUUUCAUGUCGGUUGGUAUCAAAGUGCAGAUGUUGGAAACUUCUUGAAUUUGUCUUUGUUGGAGUCACAGUAUCACUAUCAAACUUCUAUUGAAGAAUCUGUUGUGCUUAUAUACGAUACAGCAAAAUCUGCCAGAGGUUUCUUGACUCUCAAAGCAUACCGACUUACUCCGCAAGCCAUACAGAUGUAUAAAGAGAACGAGUUUACUCCCGAAGCUCUGCGCACCUUGAAGAUUGGAUAUGAGAGUCUCUUUGUUGAAAUUCCAGUAGUUAUCAAGAACAGUAACUUGACGAAUAUCAUGAUGUCGGAGUUGGAUGAGAUGAUACCUGAGGAGCAGGGUACUAAGUAUUUGGAUCUUGGAACAGCUACUGUGUUAGAGAACCAGUUGAGGUGUUUGAUGGAUCGAGUGGAUGAAUUGAAUCAGGAAGCUAUGAAGUUCAAUAGAUAUCAACAGUUGGUGAUUCGGCAACAACAAGAUAAGAACAGGCUUUUGGCCAAGAGGGCUCAAGAGAACGCUGUCAGAGCUGCAAAGGACGAACCACUAUUACCAGAAGAUGAUAUUAACAAACAGAUGAGGCCUUUGCCAGUCCCGCCAAGAUUAAACCCGAUGAUUGUCGCUGGACAAAUUAACACUUAUAGUGAGCACAUCUCGCAGUUCUGUGCUCAAAGCUUAGCAAAAUUGUAUAUUACUCAAAGUCUACAAAAUGCAAAGGAGGCAAAGUCUUCCCAUUAAGAAACUUAAAGUACUUAUAUGUACAUCUGAAGAGCCAAUUUAAAGGAUUAAAUGAAAGAGAUAUGAUUUUCCAA